UCAGCUGUGUCCAAUCACAGCUGAUCACAUGUAAACAGCGAAAUGCCAGACACUGAUGAUCAGUGUGCCCUGAUGAUCAGUGUAGCCCCAGCAGUGCCACCUGUCAGUGUCCAUCAGUGCCUUAUGUCAGUGCUCAUCAGUGCCUCGUGCCAGUGCCACAUCAGUGCCACAUAUCAGUGCCUAUCAGUGCACAUCAAUGCCACAUAUCAGUGCCCAUCUGAGCUGUAUUUCAGUGUCACCCAUCAGUGCCAGUCAGUGCCACCUAUCAAUGCCAAUCAGUGCCACCUAUCAGUCCUGCCAAUCAGUGCCACCUAUCAGUGCCAGUCAGUGCUGCCAAUCAGUGUGUAUCAAUGCCGCCUAUCAGUGCCAGUCAGUGCCGCCUAACAG